UCAGGCUGGACAUCUGUCGCUGGUGAGUUUUUUUUUUUUUUUUUUUUUUUUUUCUAGGCUCUACAGGUCAUUGAAUGAAAUCAGUGACCUGUCAGUCUUGACUGAUGGGGACCCCAUGUGUGGGAAAAUCCAGCAGGCAAAGAACUGCUUCAUUCACAUGCUAAUCGCGUCCUAUAAAUAAGAGGCUUGUGGCGCGCCGAGGACCCUAGAGACGCGCUAAGAUCCGGGGAAGAAGGGACAGAAGCACAGAAACGCACCGGGUGAAACAUGACUGCAUCAUCUGCGGCGCACAACGCGAAGAAACACCCCAGAGCCAAGGAGGAGAGAAAGCUGAGGAAGCCGCUCAUUGAGAGGAAACGACGCGAGAGGAUAAACAACUGUCUGGAUCAGCUGAAAGAAACUGUGAUCGGAGCCUUUAGGCUGGAUCAAUCCAAACUGGAGAAAGCAGACAUCCUGGAGAUGACGGUGAAACAUCUGCGGAACAUCCAGAAUAAUAAACUUAAUGAUCAAACUUUAGGCCUGGAGGCCCAGCAGAGAUUCAGCACAGGCUAUAUCCAGUGCAUGCACGAGGUCCACAACAUGCUCCUCACCUGCGACUGGAUGGACAAAACGCUUGGCUCCCGGCUCCUCAACCACCUCCUCAAGUCCCUUCCUAGGUCCAACAAUGAGCUAAGCCGCCCCAUACAGAAGCACGACGUGCCACUCUUGACCAGCAAAGGCAUCCUCGCCUUACCCCUUCGCAGGGAUCCUCUGAUUGGGAGUCAGCACCAGAAGGAAGAGCCAGCUGACCAGGUUCCUGAACGUCAGGAGAAUCCAACACUCCAUAGCUCCCACCUGGGGAUGCUGGAGAUGUGGAGGCCCUGGUGAACUGGUGGAUCAAUGAUCUAAGUUGUCCAUUUUGUUAGACCAUCCUCUGUUAUGUAUCUUAUAGAUAUGUUGCUCAGAAGACAAAGAAGUGGGACGGUUUUGUUCCAGUGGUUUCUGUUUUUAGGUGUGCUAUACUGACUCUAUACAGACCUUCUCUCAGUACUUCCCUAAAGAAGUUGACUUCUUGUAGCCUGCAUUAUAGAAGGCCCUUAUUAAUAUUUCCUUUAUUUAUUGUAUUAACAUCUAUUUAUUUCAUAACAUAUGAAAUGACUUUGCUUCUUUGACCCCUUGCUCAGUGUUGAAUACAUUUCUGUCUUCGUUUCUUUACUAUUUAACCUAAACAUUAAUAACAAUAAAGUAUUACUUAAUUAUUAAAAGCUUAA